GGAGUGGUCGCCCAUUUACGAGGGGUGAGGGUUAGAUGACAGAGAGUGAGAGGGACGCAGGUCGAUGGAGCAAGAGAUGAAGAGGAGGUAAACAGACUUCAUUGAUGUCGUUGUUCUUGUUUUUGUACGGUCAUCGUUUAUUUAUCAGUUCUAGCUAGCUGCAACUUGUUUUCCUCUUUUGUCUUCCCCGAUUUCAGCUUCGCUUAAAUCUCUGUUCCUCCCUAAUAUAUAUUCUUUCUUCUUCAUUCCCUCCGAACAUGAAGAAAUUAAAGAGCUAUUACAUGCAUCUCAGGCACCACCACGCAUUCGAGCGCAGGUGGAUUUUCCCUUUCGUCAUUGGGUCUGUACUCUUUCUCUUUGUUCUCUGCCUUGCGACUCUCACCUCUCCCGCUGGCACGCAUCUCCUUCCCUUUUACCGUUCUCUGACCGCUUCCAACUCGGUUUUUGUGGAAUCCAAGCUGCAUCCAAUACCUGUUUCGUCUCUUCCUCCACCACCGCGUCUCGCUUAUUUCAUAUCUGGUUCCAAUGGUGAUGGCAACGCGCUCAAGCGCACACUUUUAGCACUCUACCAUCCCCACAAUCGUUAUCUCGUUCACUUGGACCGUGAAUCUUCGGCGGAGGAGCGUUUGGAUCUGCAUAAGUUCGUCAAAGAUCAUCCUCUCUUCCAGAAGUUUGGGAAUGUGGACAUGAUUACAAAGGCCAAUCUGGUCACAUAUCGAGGCCCCACGAUGGUUUCAAACACCCUUCACGCGGCGGCCAUCUUGUUGAAGAAUGGAGGUGAUUGGGAUUGGUUCAUAAAUCUAAGUGCUUCAGAUUACCCGCUUGUUACCCAAGAUGAUCUGCUGCAUGCCUUUUCCUACUUGCCUCGUGAUCUGAAUUUCAUUGAUCAUACCAGUAACAUUGGAUGGAAAGAUCAUCAGAGGGCCAGACCAAUAAUCAUUGAUCCAGGCUUGUACAUGAAUAAGAAAGAAGAUGUGUUCUGGGUUACACAGCGGAGGAGUAGGCCAACUGCCUUCAAACUGUUCACAGGUUCGGCAUGGAUGGCACUCUCAAGAUCUUUCGUUGAUUACUGCAUAUGGGGAUGGGACAACUUACCUCGGACUGUUCUCAUGUACUACACAAAUUUCAUAUCUUCCCCUGAAGGAUACUUCCACACUGUCAUUUGUAAUGCUGCAGAGUUCAAGAACACAACCGUGAACAGUGAUCUCCACUUUAUUUCUUGGGACAAUCCUCCCAAGCAACAUCCUCACUACCUUAAUCUUAAAGACAUGCAAAGGAUGGUUGAUAGCAGUGCUCCUUUUGCGAGGAAGUUCCACAGAGACGAUCCAGUGUUGGACAAAGUUGAUGCUGACCUAUUAUCAAGAGGUCCAGGCAUGGUUGUUCCGGGCGGCUGGUGCAUAGGGAGGAGGGAUAAUGGAACUGAUCCCUGCUCUGUUGUCGGUGAUACUACUGUCCUAAAGCCUAGCCCUGGCUCAAGAAGGCUGGAAGCUUUAAUCACCUCAUUGUUGUCAAAUGAAAAAUUUCGACCAAGGCAGUGCAAAUGACAAUAAUCAACAGGAGCCCUCUUUAUUUUAUUUUCCUCCCAGUAGCCUUAACGUUUAACUUGUAAAUGUGCUUAGUUUCCUCUUGGUUGGAAAAGAGGUAUUGGGAGUAGGCCUAUCAUCUUUGAUAAUGAGAAGAGAGACAAAUCCGGUCAAAUUAGAUUGCCCAUGGUGGCGAACUUGAUGUUGAUUGUACAUAAAAGGGGAAAAUAGAAGAGGGAGAGUGGAAGAGGAGUGGAUGAAACAUGUAGGGAGACGAAAUUAAAUGAAAUUGAAUCAUAUACUUCUAUAAAGCUUAUGCUUUUCAAUA